AUGCCGACCUACUCCUCUCCUUCUUCGUCUCCUCCUCCGACUGCUUCCCGUCGUCGCAUGAGAAACUGCGCCCAUCGAAUAGAGCGUCUGUGCUGCGCCCUUGCCACAUACUUUCCACUUGCUUUUGUCUACAGCCUGACGACAUGGGCUGUCUGGGUGGAAGCCAGCAUUGGUCUGGGCAAGACCGGCUCGGCCGAACACCAACACCUCACAACCUCUGUCAGGCUGACUUCCCUUGUUGGCGUUAUCUUGUACCUCCUUCUCAACACAUCAUACACGGUCGCCGUUUUUACAGACCCGGGCUCACCUUUGAAUGGGCCAUCGAAGAAGUCAGGCAGCGGAAGAGGGGGCAAAUACUCGGUGCUGCCCACGUCGGAGCCCGGACACGAUGCGAACGGUGACGGAGGUUUGGGCGGCAUCCAGACCGUCACCGUAUCCUCCUCGGGUGAAUCCAGGUUCUGCAAGAAAUGCCACACUCCCAAGCCCGACCGGACGCACCACUGCUCAACAUGCAAGCGUUGUGUUUUGAAGAUGGACCACCACUGUCCCUGGCUCGCUACUUGUUUAGGUCACCGCAACUACAAGGCUUUCGUCCUGUUUUUGUGCUACACGACGUUGUUCUGUUGGGUGUGCUUCAUCAGCAGCGGGAGGUGGGUAUGGGAAUACUUUGCUGAUAGUGUAUACCUCGCCGAUGAGUAUGCGAGUGUCAACGUCAUUAUUCUUUCGGUCGUGAGUGGGUUGAUAGGCUUGGUUCUGACUGGGUUUACGGGUUGGCACUUGUGGUUGUGCUUCAAGGGCGUGACAACGAUUGAGUGCCUAGAGAAGACGAGGUACAUGAGUGGUGUGAGAGCUAGGGUCGAGCGGAACCGCCUGGAGCAGCACCGACGAGGCCCAUCUGGAAGUAACACCAGUGAGGAGCUGAUGGAUCGAAUGCGGAGGGCCGGCGACCAGAUCCUCGAGUUCCACGCUAAUGCCGUGCCCGGCGCGAGUCGGUAUGAGGAGGGCGAGGAAAGAACGAGCCCGUCUCCGAGCUUGACGGACGCUCAGCGGUAUGCUGACGAUGGUCCGCUGUACCACGAUCAGCCUCCACCAGCUGAUGGUGAGCCCGAGACACCCGCCAUGCGCGCUCUACGGGGAGCAUAUCAGCAGUCACAGCCACCCCGUGGUCCUCCAGGGAGGUUCAACUAUCGUCUGGGUGUUCAUGAGUACGAAAACUCUAGGGAACAGGAGCGAUACAAUGAGUACCUGGAGGACAAGGAAGAUGAGAAACUCCCAAACGCCUUCGAUUUGGGUUGGCGGAAAAACUUCAAGGCUGUCUUCGGUGAGCAGUGGUGGGCAUGGGCUCUUCCGAUCAUGAACAGUCCCGGCGACGGUUGGAGAUGGGAAGUUAGCGAGUCGUGGCGUCAGAAAAGGACCGAGACAGAUCAAAGACGAGCCGAAAGGCUACUCCAACAGCAGCAACAGCACCACCAGCAGGGCUACGGCUAUGAUGGAUCCUAUGAUCAACGAAGCUAUCGAUUCCAGACAGCUCCGCACGACGAGCGAACCCCUUCAGACCCGGGCAACUACAGCAGGAGUGCCACCAGCUUGUCUACGCUAACACCUCAUGGACAAAUCCACGGACCCCCUAGAGGCCGGGCGUGGGGUGGACGAUUCAAAAAAGACAUUGACACCUCAGGUGCAGACGGGGAGCAUGGUGAGUUCGAAGUGAGCGGCGACAGCGACAACGAUGACGACAAUGACAACUACGAUCAACACGCUCCUCGAAAUGGCCCGGGACGGCAGGAUACCUGGGAUCGCGACUGGGACUAG